GUGGAGAAAAAUAACACAGUUGUCUAUUCGCCAUCAAAAUGGCGUCAUCGAAGGAAACCUAUUGUUUGUGUGGCCAACCAUAUAAUAUUGGUCAAUUUAUGAUAGAAUGUGAUUGCUGUCGCGAGUGGUUUCAUGGAAGCUGUGUUGAUGUUAAAAUUUACCAUUCGGAUGAUAUAGACAAGUAUCACUGUCCAAAAUGUGCCCAGACUUAUGGACCCUCAGUUUUGAAAAUCCCAACAAACAAUCACCGUGCGGAUCGCUACGAGCUUGGUGCGGAGACACGACCUUCACAAGCCGGAUCACCAGCAUGGGUCCGAGCACUGUCCGCUCGGCCCAUGAGACCCACAGCCGCAGCCCUAACCACAAUGAGACCUGAACAGUUUACCGAGGAGUUUGUCAGAGAUAAUUUGUUCACACGACCAGUCAUCUUUAAUACCUCAGAGGGUCUUGAUAUGAAGGUGCCGAAUGCCAAUACAUUUAACGUAAGAUCUGUGUUACGAUAUUGUGGAGCUCAGUUAGAGGUUGAGGUUAUAGAUGUACGUAAGCAGUCCACCUUACGGAUGCCGCUCGGAGAUUUUGUGGAUUACUUUGAGACCCCACAGGAACACAGGGAUGAGAAAGUCCUCAAUGUACUCAGUCUGGAGUUCACCGAUACCAACAUGUGUAGUCUAGUGGAGCCACCACUGAUCGCUCGUAGUCUAGACUGGGCUCGAACUGUAUGGUCUAGCGAGGAACCGGCUAGACCUCACGUCCAACGCUACUGUUUAAUGUCAGCGUCUGGCUCCUAUACAGACUUCCACAUAGACUUUGGUGGUACCACAGUCUGGUAUCACGUCCUACACGGAAGGAAGGUUUUCUAUCUCAUUCCACCCACAGCUACCAACUUAGCACUAUACCAACAAUGGAGUGCGGCUAACAAUCAAACGGAAAAAUUCUUUGGGGAUAUGGUGGAAUGGUAUGGUACGGCUGAGUUAAGUCCCGGCGAGACCCUCUUCAUACCGACUGGAUGGAUCCAUGCUGUAUACACUCCAACAGAUUCACUGGUGUUUGGAGGCAAUCUAUUGCACUCAUAUGCUAUCGAGAUGCAAUUACAAAUAUACGAGAUCGAAAGUCGAGUGGAGACGCCAGUGCUAUUGCGGUACCCUCUGUUCGAGGCGUUACACUGGCUGGCGGCGGCGCAGUUGUUGGCUGUACUGCGACGUAUAAAUGAGGAAACACAGGAUGAAGAUUUCACUCUACACGAGGGUAGUUCGUCACAUCCUGUGGAACUGCCACCACUUCUGUUACGGGGUAUUAAGAUAUUGGCCAACGCUCUCAAGGAGUGGCACACUCUGAAGGCGACGGAUGCAUCAAAGCGUGACAAUGUACCCAAAUGCAUAAACUCUGGUCAACUGGUGAGGGAGCUGUGUAAGGAGUUGAGGACAUUAGAAAAAAGAAAUACAACAACAAAAGAUAAGGACGUCAAACAGAAGAAUCAAUCUCCCACCAAAUCUCAGAACAAAAAGCAAGCGGCGACACCAAAAAAACCAAUCAAGCUCACUCUACCCAAACCGAUAAUGCACAUGAACCAGAAUACUGAAUUCGUCGAGGAGAAACCCUACGCAGACAAAUAUUAUGUGGACAACAAGGAGGUCGUGUACGCCGACCGGUACAUACAGGAUGUUAAAUAUAUAGCCGCCGACGUCAAGUAUGUCGCCGGCGACAAGUUUGUGAACAGUGACGUCAAGUUUGUGAACAGUGACAUUAAGUUUGUCAACAGUGACGGCAAGUUUGUGAACAGUGACGUGAAGUACGUGUUGGACGGGAAGGAGGCGAUACUGCCGGAGAAGUAUUCGUACCAAAACUUUGAAGAGGUCAAUUACCAGGACAAUGGUUACGGAGACAGGCAAGAUAAGAAAGCGGCGCUAAAGGUCAAAUUAAGCAACUCCCCAUCCUCGUCACGUGAAGAACCUCCGCCCUAUAGUCUGCCGGAGCACUCCAUACUGAAGUCACAUCUCAUAAGGACGGACAGGAGCUUGAAGCCCGUACACCAGUGGACCAUAUCCAAGAAGGACAUCGGAGACUAUCACGAGGAAGAGAUAUUGUUCACCAACGAGAACCUUCAGACCAAUGUCAGGGUCGAGGGACAGGAAAUGAACUAUGGAGCAGGUAUGUACUCUGCCGAGGACAUGCAGCAAGAAUAUCAGUAUGGAGAUACCGCUAAAGGCUACCACCAGCUCUACCACCCAGACACCUACCACUACACCAGAUACGAACAAACCGUCACCACUCAGCCUCAAACAUACAAUGGCACCACAUACACGGAAACGCAGUUGCCUUCCUACGACGCGGCCAUCGCUCACCAAUACCAGAAUAAUUAUGUGAUAGAAGAGAAGCCUCCUCCCAAACCGGAAGUGUCCGUCCGCCGGUCGGAGCGGCCGGUCCGGCGGCGCGUGUCCAGUUCCUACUCCUACGACGACGACCUCUACAUCGACGACACGCCGCCCCCGCGACGGAAGCCGCCCAGGCAGAAACACAACAAGAACAAUGCUACGAACGGUUCGUACCGCGCGCCCUCUAGACCGGCCCCUACUAAUGGGAUCGAGUCGCUGAUACAGGCAUCCGUAUUGGCCGAGGAAGAGGCGCCGGUUAAUGAGACUGAAGACGCAGCCGUGGCGGGUAUGUUGAGUAUCAGUGAAAGAUACGAGCCACCAGCCACGUUCGGCAUAGCGGUGGAUACAUCGGAACAAAGAAAUAGCAGUGUCACAACGAGUACGGGUCGGGCGAGAGUACGUAAGAGUAUCACGGCAGUGGAGACCAUGGACGAGUUUGAUGAAGAGGACGUCAUCAAGGAAGUGCAUCGGGAUGAAGAGUAUGUGUACCCGUCGCUGGAGAUGAGCUCUGACGACGAAGAGGAUUGGUCGGCGAGACGGAAGAAAGCGGCGAGGGUCAGACAGGACAGUCGCGGGAGAAGUGACAAGGACGAUUCCUGGUGUCCUCGGGGUCGUCUGCCCCGUACCCCAGUGAGGCCUCGCCCUACUCGCACAGCCGUGAAGCGGGAGUGUGUCAGAGCGGCGUUACACGCGGCCUCGGUCAGAACGACGGACAGGCGACCGGAAAGUGCUAAGAGAGCGGUUCUAGCCACAAAGAGCCGUCGUCCGCCAGCGCCGGUCGCAACACCUAAUAAAAAUUCAAGACUGAAGAAAGGCAUGAAGACGGCGAAACAACGCCUAGGGAAGAUAUUGAAGAUACAUAAAAUGAUAUAUUAAAUUAUAGCUAGAUGUAUGUAGGCGGACCAAUUGUAUGUUGUAGCGAGUGACGCUGGUGUUGAAGCAAUGUUUACGAAUCGCCCCAACAGAUGUCGCUUUCGAUAAAAAAAAUUAUAUUUUUUAAUUAUUAUGAUUUAGAUCUGACGUACGUUUAAUGCUACCAAUACUGUAUAUCAAUUCUCACGUUCUAUAUCGCUGGUUCGAUUGAAUUAAAUUAAAUUAAUUCUAAUAUAACAGAAAUAGCUUCGUGUCAUCGUUAAAUGUGCGAGGAGCAUAUUUUUUCGUUUAUUUUUAUUACUUAAACUGGACGGUUGGUAAUAUAUAACGAUCUACUUAUGCGUACAAAAGUUGUAAUGUGUGUUAUGUUUCAUAAAUUUAAACUCACCACCGAUGAAAAAUUGUAUAUUAAUAUAUAAGUUGUUAGUUUGUUUAGUGAUUAUAGUUUAAGUGAUAUUCUAUUCGUUGGUAAGUCGUUUACGGUUUCUGUUAAUAUUUUCAUCGUAUGCUGUUUUUUUUUGUUUGUUUGUUUGUCCGUCUGUAUGUAAAUCAUAUCAAAAUUUUGCGUAUGUCACAGGCGAAGUCUAUUUUGAAACAAUGUUGGCUGUAUCAUUUAUGCAAAUUAUAGUAAUAUAUAUUUUAUGAGCAAAUAUUUAAAAGCACGUAAUUUUUUGGUUUGUUUAUAUUAAAAAAAAAUACACCUUUUAACUGUGUAUGAGAAUAAGUUUGUAAAGAGUAUAAACAUUAAUGUAAUUGAGAUCUAAGGCUUUCGCGAGUAUUCGAUCAAAUAAAUAAAUACUGCCGACGUUUUCAUCUCAUCUGCCCGUGAUCACGGUUACUGCAAAGUAACCGAAACCUCGGCAGUAUGAAGAUAAACUAAUAAAAAACGCGUAGUAAAUCCGAAAAUUAUAGUUUUGUUCAACGAAAUUUUAUUCGAGAAACAUUAAAUGAUAUGGCAACAUUUCAUAAUAGAUUUCCUCAUACAUAUAUACAGGGUGUAUCUUUAUCGUGUAGAUUUAAGUUCACGACUAACAUUUGAUUAACGUAUUGACAUUUAUACUCUUGUAAAGAAUAAAAAUAGCAUCAUGAUACCUUUGUCACUGUAUCCAGACAAUAGAUAAAACGCUUUAAAUUAUAUGUAGCUCUGCGCUACGAGCCAUUGAUUUGUUUGUUUGUGUGUUACGAAUAAGACGUUAAUAGAAAGUUGUGAUUCAGUUGAUUUGAUAAAGUAACGAACCAGCCGAUGGCAAUGACAUUUUGUUUUCCAAGUAUAUGGAGUACUCUUAUACCAAUCUAUCCUGCUAAGAUUACUGAUAGUAGAUUUACACUCGCCUACGAGCCGCGAGACGAGGCACGAGCCGAAGCACCAGGCGAGAGUGUAAAUAGUCGCUUGCGGCUCGCCUCGCGUCCGGAGGUGCGAGCUGUGAUACGAGACGAAGCACAGGACGAGGUACGAGGCGAGAGUGUAAAUGUUGUAUAAGAAAAAAUAGGAUUAUUAUCCUCCUACAUCAGGUUGAAAUAUUUUGAAUCACUUUAUCUAGGACGUGCAUUUACUGAAACUAAUUUAUCACAAACUUUCCAUAUAAGAGUUUUUCAUAUACUUGUAUGUAUGUAUCACACUUACUUACUCUGAUAUGAUUUGACUCACAUAUAAUUAGUAUAAUUUUAACGUGCUAUGAAUAGUGAAUGUCGCGGGUUAAUUUAUUUAUUAUUAAGAAGCUUUGGGUGGUUUGUAUCGCAAAAAAGAUGACAUGAUACAUAUAUAUAAUAUUUUAUUAAACGACAGUUUUAUCGGUUUUUCAUAUAAAAAAGUGACGAUCCGACUUAAUUAUAUAUAAAACCGAUAUAACCAUUAACCGAUAGAUCCGUUGCACCAGGCGUUUUAAGUGUAACAUAAGAUUAAAUUUAAGCUUCACAUAGUUAGUAUUUAUGACUUUAUUUUUUUUAUAUAUAACAUGUCCCAAGUAUAAACUGAUAUAGUGCCUCUAUCCAGUAGUAUAUACUAAGUAUAGAUGAGACUAAGCUAUACGAAAAUUCUUUUUAUAUUUCACAAUGUAUAGAUCAUCAUCAAUAAAGUAUUUUUAUAUAUAAGUUUAUUAACCUUGUAUAUACAUAGCUAUAGUAGCCUUGUGUGUGUUUCGUGUGUACAUGCGGUUACGCACACAGAUAUAUUCACUCACUUAUAGUUUAACUCACAAGCGAUCAGAAAUGAUUUUUUAACGCCGAAGAAUUAUAUUUAAUACGAAAAUAAAAGGAAUUUUCUUCUCUUGAUUUAUUAAUUAAUGGCAAUCUUAAUGUAAGUGAAAAGAUUAUGUAUAAACCUCUAGCCCACUUUAUGUAUAUUGUUGUGACAAAAAAAAAAUUUUUAGACUUACAA